AUGCUCCCGUUCGCAGUCCCCUACCCCCCCGAACAAAUCGGCUACUGGGGCCCCCCCACCGCGACCAUCGACUGGUGCGAGGAAAACUACGUGGUGUCGCACUACAUCGCUGAGGCCCUCAAUACCACCACCAACGCGGUGUUCAUGGCAUUGGCCUCGUUCUACAUCUACCAGACCUACGCCAACAAGCUCGAGUUCCGCUUCGUGUUGACGGGCCUCGGCUUCCUCUUGGUGGGAAUCGGCUCCUGGUUGUUCCACAUGACCUUGAGAUACCAGUACCAGUUGUUGGACGAGUUGCCCAUGAUCUAUGCCACCUGUAUUCCGUUCUGGUCGGUGUACAGCGAGGGGCGCUCGCGCCACCAAGCUGCGUGGGUGGGUGUCGCUACCGCCACGGGCGCGCUCGUACUAACCGCAGUAUACCUCUGGCUCCAGGACCCUACCUUCCACCAGGCUGCCUAUGGGCUCUUGAACGCUGCCAUCAUCUACAAGGCGCACCUGCUUGCGCUGGCUCACGUCCCCGACGCCAUGGCUCGCAAGGAUUUGAAUCGUUGUGCCGUGCUGGGUAUCGGAUUCUUUGGUUUGGGCUACGUGUUGUGGAACAUGGACAUCCAUUUGUGCUCCUUGGUGCGUGGUGUUAGACGCAGCUGGGGAAUGCCCUACGGCUUCGUGCUAGAGGGCCACGGAUGGUGGCACAUUUUCACUGGCACAGGGGUGUAUUUCUGCGUGAUCUACUUGGAGUUCUUGCGCACCUUUUUGAACGGUACGGAUCGGUACUACGAGUUCAAGACGGUCUGGGGGCUUCCCAUCGUGUCGUUGGUGGACAGGGAGGGCUUGAAGCGGCACCAGGCCGUCAAGGGCUUGGCUGAGCACGACGAGAGCUACAGCGAGUCCCGGCAGUGA